AAGCGGCACUUUUUUUGUUCUACACAAUACCUGUGAUGCUCAAAAGAACUCUCAUUCAUAAAAAGUAGUGUCGUGGGAAAAAUAAUCCCAUUCUUAACACACGCAGCACAGGCGCUUCAUCUGGGACGCCUCGACCUAUUUUAAAGACCAACUGAAGAGGUUUUUUUCGAAAUUGAGAUAGCGAUUGAUUCAGACAGUAGAUAGCAUCAAAGUUAGUUCCUAAAAUUUUGAGAUUUUAGAAAAGCGUAUUUAUAUUAGAAAAAGUAAUUUGAAAGUGGAAAAAAUAACGAGAUUUGAAAAUCAGCUUCAAUGGCCGAAACCGGAAGUGACGUCUUGUAAUGGACUGAGAAAAUGUAAAUAAAAAUAGACAUGGCUGGAUACGUUAUUGAUAGCGAUUCAGAUGAUAUACUUAUCUAAAUCUAGCUGUCAAAAAAUUUUAAAUGAUACUUAUCAUGGAAUGCACCAAAAUGCCCUGAAGAUAGUCUUCUACUUUUUCUAAAUAUAUUAUAGAGCAGACUAUUUAAUUAAUAUAAUUAUUAUAGAUAGAUUAAUAGAGAGGACUAGACUACUUAGACUUGACUUAGACUACUAAUACUAGGCUAGGGGGUAGACAGUCACUUAUGACUAGAUCUAGAUAGUAGUAGAUUCUAGAUCUACUAUAAAUUAUAAUAAUAAACUAUACUAGUAUACUAAAAGUAUAAGUCUAUUAUAAUUUUUAUUAUAACAAAACUAAAUGGAUAGAUCUAUCUAUUUCUAGAUUCUAGAUCUAAUUCUAGCUAGGCCUUCUAACACUUUUACUAGUCACUCACUAGAUCUAGUUUAUAUAAUAAUAAUACUUGACUUUGACUUGUAGUAAUAUUAAAACUAAUAGAGUUUAAUACUUAUACUAGAGACACUAGAGUAAUAGUUUAUAAACUAGUAGAUUUAAGUAGAUCUAGAGUAAUCUAGACUACCCUCUCUGUGAUCUAUGUUAAGUCUAAGCCCAAUCGCCAACAUUUUUUAAUGCUUGAAUUUGUAUAUCUCUGUAAUAGUACUAGAUCUAAUUGUAAGAGUAGUAAGACCUAAUGAGUAGUGUCCUAGCAUAAAGAUUAUUCAUAGAUAUUUUUAAAUAAAUAUUAUAUUAUAUUAGUCAAGGACUAAACCUAAAGCCUAAGCUAAAUCUAUAGAAUAUAUUUAUAAAAAAGAUCUAAUUCUAAUAUAGCCCUCUACUAGCCCUUACUAUACUUAUUAAUAAGGCUAGACCUUAGACCUAAAAAAUAAUAAGUCAUCAUUUAUAUUGGUAAUAUUAAAUAUGUGACAUGUCUUAAACUUAAACAGGGUCGGUCCUAACGAUUGCGGGGCCUUAUGUGAAACUGAUUGCGCAGGGCCUAGUCUGGAUGGGAAUAAGGAAAAUAAGUGGAAAUUAAGCUUUUGUAUUUUAAAAAAAUUCGACUUUGAAUUUUAUUCAAUCUUUACUAAGUACAAGAUUACGAUCAAAUUAACUUUACUUUACGAACUUUGCAACCUAAAAAACAUAUGACAUGUGGCAUACAGACAAGUUUACUAGAUGGAUCUUUCAUCAUUUUGGAAAUACAAGAAGAGUUAAUAUUCCCUGUUUCUAUUUUGAAACAAAUCACAGAAACAUUCUACAAUUUUAUUUUAUAUAAUAAAUACCAAUAAAUAGCCCAGCCAGAUUAUUUCUAAAGAUUAGAUCUGCACAUACUAGAGUUUAUGUUUAGAUGUUAAGAUAGUUGACCUGACUAAAUUUAAAACCUAUAAACGUCUCAGUCAAUCAGAAAAAACUGAAAUCUAAAUUUGACUCUAAAUGAUGAAAAUGAAUCGCUUAUUUGGGGGUGGUAAACACAAAGGUCAGGCAACCAAUCUUCAAGCCCAACGAGCCAAGCAAAUAGAAAGUCUUAAGAAACUUGGAGCCCAUGAAAUUUUGAAGGAUACUGAAUACAGAGUUGUUACUCAGCAAGGAGGCACAAAUUUAACCCUACAAAUAAAUUUACCAGCACAGUUCCCAAGUGAAAAACCAAUCCUCACUGUGCAGCCUGCAGUCACACAUCCAUGGGUGGAUUUACAGAUGAAAGUAGUGGGAUGCCCUAAUAUAAACAAUUUUUCUAUGCAUUCAGACUUGGGUCAGGCUGUACAGGCUGUACUAGAAGAAUUCAAGAAAAGUCCUCCUGCCAUUGUUCCCCAGCACUACAUCCUCGGAUCAAGUAACCCAACUAUUGGAUCAGCAGUCACAAAACCAGGAGGACCACUGCCAAGCUAUCCUGGCUUCAAUGCUUAUCCUGGUAGUCAGCCUAGUGCAAUCCCCCCACCCCUGCCUCCACGGAGACCCCCAAGUGGUGUGGGUGACUUGGGAUUGGAUCAGUUGACACUGGGAUCCAUCGAAGUAGCAAAAAUAUUGUCAGAAUUUCCUGCCUUGAAAGAUAUGAAAAUACAUGAGUUGAACGAACUGUCAGAGGAUGAAGAUAAAAUUAUGGAGAUGAUCCAGAAAGCACCCGACCUGGGGAAGUUUAUCCAACAACGCGAGGCUCUUGCAUCAACCUGUGUCCAGUUAGCUCAAUCAAAUCUUUCUAAAAAGUCAGAAAUAGAGAAUUUAAGAAAAAUCUUGUUGGCCAAGAGUGCUGAGUUGGAUAACUUAAAAAUUGAAUUUGAGAAUCAUUGUGAACGACACAUGAGUCUGUCUGAUGAGUACCACCCAUCACACAUACAGACUAACCUGAAAGUUGCUGUCAUGGAGGCAGAUGAAGAAUCUGAAGUUGUCGCAGAGAAAUUUUUAGAUAAAGAGUUAGAUGUUGAUGAAUUUUUGAAAAGCUUUAUGGAGAAAAGAACACUUUGUCAUCUACGUAGAGCAAAAGAAGAAAAAUUAAACCAAAUAAUAUUGUCACAGGGCCUGCGCUACUAGCCAAGAGACUCAGUUAGAAGUCCCACAUUGUUACAAAUACCUGAUUUGCACAUAUAAAUACAACUUUGUUGCAGUUUGACCUACAGCAAAGAAAGAUGUUGAAACGUUCCAACUAGUCUGGUCUUGCAUUAUUCUAACUAGUGGAUUAGUACUUUGUUUUUUUUUACUUCUUUUUAACUCUAUUGAAAUUCCAAACUGCAGUGAAGAGUGAAGUGGUUUAAAAAAAAAAAAAGCUGUAAGUUUAAUCAUGUAGAAACCUUCAUCUAAGAAGUUGUUGUUUGUUUUUUUUUUUAACAAGGAGUUGGUUUCUCAGUUUCAUGUUGCUAAUCAAAAUCUCUUCUUUGAAUUGAUUGAUACAUUUUGUUUGUUUUUACAUUCAUUGUAUUAUAAUUGCUGUUGCUAACAUUUUUUUUGUUAUGUUUUUUGAUAUGAUAAUAUCAAGAAAAUCCAUGACAUAAUAAAAAGCCUUUGGAAAUAUUCCUAUUUCUAAGUUAAAUCCAAUUGGUUGUAUAAUUAUUAAUUAUAUUGUAUUAUUGUGGGGAAUUUGUUAGCUUGUUAGGAGUUAUGAGCUCCUAUAAUUAUUUAUUAAAUCUGGGUUGUGGAAUAUGUUAGUACUACUUUGUGUCCAGUAAACAAUGACCAAGGUGUUUUGCACUUUUUAGAUUCAUCUUCACCUGUCUUUUUUAUCUAAGGAACUGUUCGAGCACUACACAUGAUCUGUCAACCAUCCCUCUCCAUUUCUCUAUCGUUCGCCAAAAUCAUAGUCUGUUUCAUAGACAGGCCCAUCCAUUUCUUGAUAUUGUCUUCCCAUCCUAUUGCAGGGCCCUAUGCGAAACAGAUUGCGUGGGGCCCAGUCUAGGUAGAGAUAAGAAUAAUAAGUGAAAACUAAUAUUUUGUAUCAGAAAAUAAAUUCGUCUUUACAUUUACAAGUACAAAAUCAUGAUCUAAUUUACUUUACGAGCCCUGCUUGUAGCGAAGUCAUACAGUAUAUCAUCAGAUUUCAGUUUCCUACAUAGAUCACGGUCAAUAGCUAGAAUUGUCAAAAUGUUCAAUCUAUCUUCGUGAAUUGUUGACCACAAGUAAUUCUUGAAUAGUUUGAAGCACGAGAAGCUUUCACCAGAUCCCAAUUACAGGCAUUGUCAAAAAUAUUAUGAGUGCAACAAAGUAGUUUGUGGAAGCAGUGUAUCUCUCAUUAGUGGAGCUAAAAUUUCUACCAGGGUUUUAGUUGUAGAAUAGGCCUAAAAUUUGACAAUUUUGUAUAUUUUUUUGAGUUCUCAGUAGAGUUUAAUAUGUUCGGGAGAUUUCUAGGAGCUCCUGAAAAAUUAUAAGUUAUAAUGGUUAAAUUUAAUCAUUUACACCUAGAAUUAGUGCGGGGCUCACUGCAGCCGCCUAUGUGGCUGCAGUGGCCUAAGGCUGGCCCUGUUCCCAUCUCUUGUCUUGUCCUUUUCCCUAGUACUGUUCUCUGCAGAAAUGUCUUUGCAAGUCCUGAGGACCUCAUGAUAUGGCAGGAAAGUCAUGGAAAGUCAUAGCUUGCAGUUUUGACAUUGGUCUGGUCAUCAUGGGACCCAAUAGCCAAUGUGAUCCUUUUUCUUUAUUUGUGAUGUGGCGCCUUGAAUCCUUCUGUAGUAUUUAAGUUCUAAGAACAAGAUUCUUCUCUUUACUUCUGCAGUUCAAGUCCAACAUUCACAGGAAUGUCACCACGACCAAGCAGUGCACCAGUCUGACUUAAAAUAUCGAAGGCUAUGCCUUUAUCUUUCCAAAUGUCUUGAGCCUCACAAGUGCUCCUGUAGAAUGUGCAAUUCUGGCCAGUAAUUCUGCUCUGGUUCCUCCGUUUGAAGUGAUAGCUUCAAGAUAUUUUAAACUUUUGACACUUGUCAGUUAUUGGCCACUGUUAAAGCCUUGCUCACUGUUAGUCAAAAAUUGUAGCUCAGGGUAAUCAUUUCAGUCCCAUGUGUGCCCUGAGAUCACUGAUUCAAAUAACUCAUAAGAAAAUGUCUUUGCUUCCCAAAUGUAUGUUCCUGGCUCCCUUUCUCAGACACAACUGUUUUUGUUUUUUUAAAGAUAGCAUUAUUUUGUAUGUCAAUAAAUAUUUUGUACAAAAAAAAAAUUCUUACAUAACUUUCCUAGUGAAAGUGGAUGUUGGCAUUAUGUAAAGCAUUGCGGAAAAAGAAAUAAUGUUUUAAACAAAACCUUCUAAAAGUCUCAAUUUGUUAUGUACCUUUAUUGCUUGUUAAAUAAUGAAUAUUCCGCAGAAUAGUCAUUAAUCUGAUAUUGAAAUUGUCCAUUACACUUAUCAUCUUCUUACUAGUUAAUUGUUAUUUCUAAGAGAAAUGUUUUUUAUUGAUUUAAAAAGAGCUUGGAUUUCUAUAACAUUUUUUUUCCUCCUGUCUAGAAACAAUUUUGCUCUCGUUUGUUCCAUUUUAUUUUUUAAUAUAAAAUUUUAUUUUACUUCAUGUAGUUCUGGUAACAAUUAAUCAUAUUCUUGACUUUUACAUUUUAUGUUCUAUUCACGACUGUAAUUGUUUUUUUUUCUUUUUUCUUAACCUAACUGUAAAAAUUCUGCAUUCCUGUCAUUGACAUAUCAAUGUCUUGUUUUCUGCAAUUAAUAUGAUAAACAGUGUUGAUAAACAAGAAACCAUUUUUAUUGUUUAAUCAUUUCCCCCAUGCACCGGAUAAAAUGUUAUCUCAGAUAUAAAAGUCAUUUAUAAAUACUUUAGUGACAUUGGAAUUACAUGAUACAUUUUGUUAACUUAGCUUCACAUCUAUAUUACAAUGGCAAUGUCUUCGGUUUCAAAGAUUUAGGACGAGUGCAAUGAUUUACAUGACUGCGCGAACCCAACCUGCUCAUUUUUUCACAUCUCAUGCAGACAAAGCUGUAGUUCGCCGGUGGUCUAUUUAAGUUUUCUCUUCAUUUUCUGCACCUGUCUUCAAUAAUGACUUUUUUUUUUGGGUCGCAAAUGUGCAUCCCGUGGCCUUUGUUAGAUCUUUCCAACUGUCCUUUUCAGAGGCCUUCUGGUGCCAGCCACUUUUCCUCUAAGCUAUUGCUAAUUUUUUAUAAAUAUCCUUUUUUUUUUUGUGAAAGGGAAGGGGGGGGGAGAUGUACAAACAUUGAUAAGCAUGUUUGCAGCUGUAUUGCCAACUUUUAUAUUAAUUUUAUAAUGUGAAGAACAUCUGUGAAGGCGAUGCUCAUUAAUAAAAUAGCAAUGUUUGGAGAAAGAGUCUCAAGUGUGAAACUUUUUAAAGGAUUAACUUUUUACUAAGUGAUUUCUAAAUAUUCUUGAAUGCACCCACCUCUUAUAUUAUAAAUCUCUGAUUCUUGUUGGUGAAAGUAAAAUUGGGUACCUAUUGUGUUCGUCCCAUGACAUCCUUGUUGGAAUCACAAGAGCUUAAAUGUGCCUGUAUCAAGGAAGUUUAGCUCAUCAGAGGGAAAUGUUAAUGUUUCCCCUUCAGAAAAGUUUAGUUUAGUUGCUUAUUUUUUUUUACCCUCAUUUUUUUUAAAUUGUAUAAGUAGAUAACAAUUUUUGUUUAAUAUGCUUUUUAAAUUAUUGUUUGGUUUAUUACUUUGUUUCAUCUUUGUUGACUUCCAUGCUCUUUCUGUGACAUCAUUGUUUAUUUAAUGUUUUCCUUUGGUAUUUUGUUUGUUUUUUUGUUGUUUUUUUUGUCACAAUUUUAAUAAAAAACUUUUUAUGUAUUUUAUCAUAAGGUUUUUCCUUUUAUUAAUUCAAUAUUUUUUUUAUAGCUAAAUCUUAAAGUGAAAAAAUAAAGAUUUGUUGUUCUCUAUCUAUAAAAGCAAAGUGACACAGUGAUGUUGUGAAAUCCAGCUUCACUAUGGCUGGAUUUUAAAAUACACCUGGAACUAGGUACUAGUGAUGUGAAGGGUGUAGUGGUUUUACUAAAUGUUCUGUUGGAGGUCUCUCUAGAAAUUCAGUUUAGUAUAGGGAUGGUAAGCACUGUAUCUUAAUUAGCUGGUCUCAGAACUUUACUUAACCAAAGACUCAGAGCUUCACUUGACCUCAGAAUCAGAACUUCACUUGAGUUUCAAGCCAACUUCAGCUUUCUAUCAAAUUAUAUUUAUUAAUUAUAUGAGUCAGCCAUUCAUUAGACCAUUUUAAACUAGUUUGAUUUAUGAAUCUGAUAAAAAGACUUCAUCUAGUUUUUGUUUCCCAGAAAACCUGGAUUCAUCAUAUUCAAAGUGUUAUUAACUAAAAGUAAAGUUCAAUCAUACAUUGGUACUAAUACAUUGGAUGAUUAAAUUUUUUUAAAAGACAUUGUGUGUUACUAAACCCAGAAGUGUUUUUCCAAAUAUAUAAUUGUGUUUGUAUUUCAAUUUGUCUUGCAUUCUUUUAAUGACAGUAUUGUAAGAAAUCCAGAAAAUAAAUCAUAUGUUUUGUCUGUUAGUCUAACACUUAAAGUGUUCACAGCAUUUCUCUAUCUCAUUAACAAAAAUAUGUUGUGUGUACAUUUUUCUAUUUCCUAAGGUUCUAUUAGUUAUUUUUUGUUUCUGCCAAGCUGCACAAUGUAGACACUUCUCUUUCAGAUUAUCAUGUGGAUAGAUUGAGUUGUUUUUUUUCUUCCAGAACUAGCAUGAAACUUUAUGUUUGCCUCAAAGUUUGACAUUUGGCAUGAAGUUUAACUUUCUGUUUGUCUUAAUCUUAAAGUUUGACAUUGUUCUGUUGCAUGCACAAAUCUGUUGUUUUUUCAAUAUUUAAUUCAGAGUGGAACUGGUGGAUAGUUCAAUUUAUUUAUUUAUUAAACUUGUUUGACACGCUUCUAA